GCUAUGCUAAAAUCUCUUCAAAGCGGAUGCUAGUUUAUGAACAGCUGGAGGAAUGAAGUGUAGUAAAGCAUCGCGAAGACACAGAGCUGCUGAUUGUCCCGUACUGUUCAACAUUGCAGAGUCAGAACCAUUCUCUGGAAAAGAACAUCAUGGGGCGAAAGAAAAUACAGAUCUCACGGAUUCUUGACCAACGAAAUCGUCAGGUGACGUUCACCAAGCGUAAAUUUGGCCUGAUGAAAAAGGCCUACGAACUGAGUGUGCUGUGUGACUGUGAAAUUGCUCUCAUCAUCUUCAACAGCACCAAUCGUCUCUUCCAGUACGCCAGCACUGACAUGGACAAAGUGCUCCUCAAAUACACUGAGUACAGCGAGCCUCAUGAGAGCCGCACCAACAAUGACAUACUGGAGACCUUACGUAGGAAAGGGCUGGGCCUGGACGGAGCUGAGCUUGAACAUGAAGACAACAUGCAGACAGGCCAGGAGAAAUAUCUACUGAAUGAGGGCAUGGAUCUCUCCAUCGCCAGGCAACGUUACUAUGCUCCCUCUGUACAUCCAUCAGAGGCUCAAAUGUUAAUGGGCGUUGGCUGUGAGAAUGGUUACCCAUCAAACAUGAAUCUGGGAGCAAACCGACCUUCAUCCUUCAAGCCUCUCAGCUCCAGGCCUGGAUCUGCCUCUCCUGCUGGAGCCAACACACACUCCGCACUCAUGGGCACACACGCAGGCUUUGGCUACUCAGUGUUUUCCCAUGGCAACCUGAGCCGAGCGCUGGAUAUGAAGACCCCGCCUCCGCUGAGUUUGACCAAUGACGGGCGGCGUGGGGAGGUCCACCCUGGAGUGGGUGUAGCCCGUGGCAAUCUGACUAAUGCGAGAGCGCUGUAUCAGAGCAUGCAUUCUGGAGGCCACAUGGCGUCCACAGGGAAGCCCUGGAAUUAUGGGACUUCAGAGUUUUGCCACCCGGGAUACACAGUGGGUUUUCAGCGUCGCUCUGCAAACACCUGGCAGCCUCUCACACAGCAGGAGCCACAGCCAUCUGUGAUCCACGCAGGGAUGUCUACAGGUGGAGGAUGUUUUUACUCUUCCCAAGGCUCCUCCCCCCCGUCCCCACCUCUCUCCUCCCUCAAACUGAACAUCAAAUCAGAGUGCGUCUCUCCUGAACACACGUGCUCCCCGGGCACACCUUCUUCCCUUCAUUCACCAGUGGGUGGUCCUGACGGGAUGAGCCAGCCUCCAGGGCCAUACGUGGACAUGGACAGAGAGGAGAGUGAGACAAAUUUGAAGCACGUGGAGGUCGGUGACGGCUGGCAGAGAUAGCAAACACGCAUCAUUGUGUACACAGCCGACCUUUUAUUAGUUGGAAUGUCAAACUAUGCAAAAACCAGCUUUGACAAGAAAAAUACACAUAUAAUACAAUGUUAAUGUAACAGUGUUUCCAUUUCCAUUCCAAAAGGCAACUUGAACCUGAUUGUUCUAAGCAUGUGGCCUUUUAAUAUGAAAACUUGAUCAAGACCAGUUAUGGACCAAUCUCUUCACUGGUUUAGAAGAAAUUACUGCAAAGCGGUGAGAGUUGCUUCAUAACAGAGCCCUAAUAUAAUACAACACCUUACUCUUCAGAGCCAUGGUGUUGAGUUUUUUCCCCAUCCACAUCUGACUGAGGAUUUGAAUAAUUUGAAAAGGACAUACUAGAAUUACUAAAACCACUCUUGCCUGAUAUACCAAAAACUGUCAGGGACUCCUGUAAACAUUUGAAUCAAUCUGUACUGCAGCUUAUGCACUGCCGCAUGUUACUUACUGCUCAUCUUGUACCAUUUAUAUGGAUUUACAGUAUAUAUAAAGUUGUUUUUGUCUGUAGAAGCUUAAGGAGCCGGCUGUUCACUGUAUUUUCCACAAGAGGGCAGCACAUAUCAGCCACUGAGCAUGUGGCCCAGUUUUUGGUUCAGGUUCUUGUGCGAAUUAUUUCCAUUUUGUUAAAUAAAUAAAUGAA